AUGGCCGAACACAGCAACGGCGACGAAAACUCUGUCCCAACCGACCCCAACGACCCCCGAGUGGUCCGGCAGAAAGCAGAAAUGCUCGUAGACGAAGAUCCUUUGCUUAUAUCACAAUCUUUGACCUAUGUCACGGACGAUGGGAGUACUUUGCAUUCGUUUGAAUCCGCACCGUUUUCCUACGGUACGAUCAUUGUUCGUCCUGGUUCUGCUUUGCAGUUAGUAGCGACUGCCAACAUGGCUUUUCUCACAACGCUUCUUCCAACUGCUGCUUGCACGUUGAUUACUGUAGGGUUUAAGGUACAAUUUAUCAUUGUUGAAUCUAUCCUGGUACUACUCAUGAUUGCGGCCGUUCCCGUUGGAGCGCACGGAACCGUUGUGGGCGUCGCGAUUGGCAAUCUCGUCAUUCUAGCCUGGUUCUGGUAUAAUCUUGUACGAUCUGUCGAUGUCACCGCCGAAGGAACGCUUCGAUUCUGGAUUGGAAACAUUGAGGUCGACGUACCCUUCGAUAAAGUCGUUUCCAUCCGGAGAGUCGCGUCCUCUAUGCCAUGCAGUGUGUUUGUAGCGUCCCAACCCUACCGUGGAUUUUUGAGUACCCCCACGGACGGCGUCGCCAUUGUCACUACCGUUCCGAGUACACCGUUUUGGCUGUGGCCCCGAUCGGCCGGAAAACCGGAACGAACGUGCUGUUUCGGUGCCUUUUCCUGUCCACGGUUGACCGUCGUCUUCUCUCCUUCGACUGGAGGGUCCAACUUUAUCCGAACGGUGGAAACGGAGAUGCAGAACUUCUCGGCGGGUCGCUUUCCAGCGUCCCGGAAUUCUUCCAACGCCGUGCCCCACGCCAUGCAACCCGAUUAUUUGGAUGUGUAGCAAAAGGAAGCGUCGCCGCGUUCAUAAACAUCUGUGACUUUUAUAUAGUUUGUGCUCGUUCGGAUCGAGCCAUUCGCGGAAGCCACUUCUUUUGUUUUCUGGAUAUGAAAAAUUAAUGUUGACACUAGCCUUGGUACGCGAACAUUGGGUACCUUAUUUUAUCACCGG